UUUACUCUUUGCAAAUUUUAAGCCUUUAUCGUUGGAAUCUAAUGUAAGGUUUUAGCUAGAAAAACAAGUUUUCCACAAGCCUUUUCUGCAACUUUGUGUGAUGUGUCAAUUGACCCCUAAACCGCAACAAUACUUACGCUAGUACUUGCUGUUAAAGUAAGAGGCCAACAAUUUUGUAAGGCAAUCUUCACAAGCUCAACUAUAUAAGGAACAAGAUCAUUCACAUUGACUCUUGAAUUCUUAAUGUACCUUUCAUCUGUCAAAGUUAGAUAACUCGAUAUGAGGCAAUCAGGAGAGACCUAAUGCCAUGCUUGUGAUCAUAUAAGGUUGAAGAGAGCGCGAAAGGAACUUCGAGGCUGUUAGAUCAACCAUUUUUACUGACGAGACCAUUGGCUCAGGUCGGCUAAUGAGCGCCUGUCCCAGUGCUGUCAGGUCCACAAUGAAGUGUCAGGCCUGGAUGGUAAAUGCUAUUUCAGUUGUAUUUAACACCCACUCAAGUGAUUCAAUCGGAAUAUUUGUCUGAAAUAUCAUUAACUGUUCAUCUUCCUAGCUGUACAUCGCGCUGUUUGCCAUAGAGUUGGGUCAUCGUCGUGGAGGAAGGAGCCAGCAAAAAUAAACAGAUCAAAUAAUCAAGAAGCACUACCCAGUGUACCGAAAGCCACCUUCAAAGCUCUUCAUUGCAUUGUUGUGAAUAAAGCCAUUCAUUGUGUCGACAAAGAAGGAAGGAUAUUGAAAGCGAGGGCGAUUUGCUAUAUAAAGCCUGCAGAAAGAUUGGAUCUGUUAUUGGGUUGAGUACGCGAUACAAGCUGGUUGUGUAUAACAUAAGAAUCAAACAGGAGGAUAAAGUCGCCGUAUUUGGUAUAGCAUUUAGCAUUUCAAAAUGACGUCCUACGCUUAUUAUCUGCUAUGCCUUGUUUUCGUCAUUUCAAGCAAUCGACCUGCUUCUUCUAUGAUGCAACCUUGUGAAAAGAAUUCACAAUGCGGAGAAAACCAGUGCUGUGCUUUAAGACUAAAGCUUUUCGGUUACAAAGGAUACUGUUUAAGAACAAAGUCUCUUGGAGAAGUUUGCAGUCCAAACGUAAUGAAUGGAAAACACUUCACGUGUAGCUGCACUGUGGGCCUUACCUGCGCUAUAACGGACCUGGAUAAAUUCAAAAACCCCAAGUACAGAUGUGUGCGAAUACCAACUGAGGUUCCCGAAGUCUCUGAAAGGCCAAGUAGGCCCGUCGAAGACACCCCACAAAACUCACCGUACGCAAUUAUGUUCAAUAAAUACUUGCAGAGCAGACUAAAUCGACUAAGGAGUGAAAGUCCACGAUCACGAUCGUCUUGAUCACUCUUUUAUCAAUAGCAUGUUUUCUUCCUUGAAAGAAACUAAAAUGUUCCGUUAAUUAGCGGUGUGUCAAAGUAUUUUACUUCGCAUGGAUACUGCUAUUCGUAGCAAUGCGGCCAUCUGACAGAUACUCUGAACGCCAAAAAAACGCGGACGAAAGUACAAUCUCCUGCAAAGCUGAAAGUGCUACAGAUCAUUUAUUUAUGACGAAACUUGAGUUCUGGUUGGCAACUUUUGCAAGCUGUUCGCGUCAUAAGGAGGCUCCUCUAUGAUGGCGGUCGGAGGUAUGAACUACCAGAAUGGCAAGGGUGUAUGAGUGAACAAAAUUCUCCAAAACUUCUUCAAAUACUGAAAAGUUAAUGGACCGACAUUUACAGAUAAUAUGAUAAUGUAUGUUAGUUGAAAAUUUAAAAUAUACUGUGGUUUUAGAAAGUUAAAUAUACUAAUUUAUUCAUUGUAAAUAGUAUACUGACGUUAUGCCUACUGGGGUUAUGCAUACACCAAAUAAUUCAUCUGAAAAUUACAAUCAUUGCAAUAACUUGUUAUUUUUGAAGAAUUAUCAUUAAUAAAGUCAAAAGCAAAAAAAUCUUCAAAUCAACAAUUUGCUUAAAAAAUCAUUUCAUAACUGAUUUUUUAUUUGGUUGCCAGAACUCCGCCUCCCACAUGAAUUAUUAUAGACUCAAAUAUAAGAGAAAUAAACCUAAUAGCUAAUUAUGCUUUCUGAUCAUAAGGGUGCUUGAAUAAGGAAUUUUUCGAGUUUUUUCCACAUGGACCUAGAAAACGCAUUAAAAUGGCUGAAAAAGUGUACUAUUGAGGAGAAGAACAGUGAUUUGUUACUUUAGAAAGCAAUAAUAUUUAGUAUAAGUAUAUUUGCGAUAUACAUAACCCCAGAGUCAUGAAGCUUACGUAUCAUUCAAACACGAAAAGACACUCAGUAUCAGAGACUAAGAAGAGUAUCAAAGAACUGACUUAGAACAGCUUCAGGUGAUUGGUACUUCCCCAGGUUUUAGCUCUGAAAUUCUACCUUGUGCUUUCUGUAUACUAAGAUGGCCGUGUUCCAUAUCUAUGGCAUAUUACUGCGUGUCUUUUCUUGCAAUUGAGCAUGUUAAUAAAAUUUAGGCGUUGUAAAACAUAAACAACGAUAAUCUCUAGGAUAUCAUAAAUCAAAAUGAAACAUAUGGCAUAUAAAAUAUUGUGUAUUCGCUCUAUUGUUCUCUUGUUCUGUUAUCGGCUGGCUCGAUGAAUACCCUAACCUGUACAAAUUAAAAGUUCUGUCAUCUGCGUUUCCAGCCGUGACAUAAACAAGGAAGCUGCAAAUUUUAAAUUACCCUGCAGUAACCUUGCAGAAUACAAUCCUUUUAUCAGAUUCCUUUUGAUAAAAGGUUGAUAUCGAGCCAGCGGACCUUAAUCAAAUUUUCUCAGAAUCUAACAUUAUAAGAAUACUUCCGUGUUAUGAUAAUGAUGACCUUGUUACACAGUGGACCAAGCCAUUCGAUGACUGCAUCAGUUUCACAAGAAGCUCUAAAAAGUUACGUUUAUCUGCGCUUGUUUUUAUUUUUGCUAAAAAUUUCCAUGGAAGCGCUUGCAUAUCACAAUCAUUUGUCGCUUUAUUGUCUUCGGGAAGUAAAUAAUGAUUGAAGACAAGAAAAAGCAACUUUCUAGACAUGGUGGGAAAAUUCACUAACAUAGGACCAGCAAGGACGUUCGUUUGUCAGGACUGGGAAAACAGACUUAGAAAACAAAUUUCCCGUGUAUUUGAUUGUACACAAAGUGAAGCGGGAUAAAAGAAAGUGGUUGGGUUUGAGUCCAAAAGAAGACAGGAAGGGAAGAUUCUUCAAUAUGAAUUAAUUUAGAAAUUUUGUAGUCGAGAACUGAGGAUAGAGAAAUAUGCUUUUAUAUCUUUUCGUUUAGUGAGGAUGCCAAUCUAUUCUCAGCUAUUGAGUAUGAAUCACUUUGGACACCCAAACGGAUCUUGUUCUGCUGAUAUACUCUUUAAAACUUACAACAUUCGUCUCACCAAUGAUUUUGGCAUUUCUAGCAACAGUUAUGUCGACUUUUCUGUUGGUGGCAAGAAUGCUUCAAGAUAUUUUGUUGCGUAGAUUUUAUCAACACGGCAACAAAAAACAAGUUAGAUGGGCGAUCUGUCUAGUCAGAAACUAGUAAUUUACCGCAAGUUACUUCUCAAGGACAAAUACCCAGAAGUUUUGUACUAACAGAGUGUAAUAAGAGGAAAGACACAUAGCUUAGACCAUUUUCCUUAAUCUCUCCACGAUUUUUGUGCUAAAACUCUUGAGUCAAUUAAAAACAAAGUGAAGGACUGGAUGUUUUUCAACGAGGAGUAUAUGAUGUUUGUUUAGGUUGCCCGAUUGCUGACCAGGGUGGCAUGAAAAAACUGAUGAAAAUACUUUAAUUCAAUUUAAUUUGGUUUGGCGGAUUCUUUACAACUAACUUGUCCUUUAUUAAAGGUUUUGGGGUAUCAAUCAUAACUCCUUGCAUACGUAAAGAUGUAAACACUCGGAUUCAGUCUUUUUGGCCCACCGACUGCGACCGUAGAGCUGCAUUACCCUCAGAACAACACAAGGCAUGGAAAUUGCAACAAACAUAGCGCGACACGAACACCAUAAAUUUGAGACACUUUGGACUUCAUUUCUACCAUGAGAAUUCCUUACUUCUACUUUCGGCCGAACACGCCCUCAGUGCAUGUGUGUUAAUUGGUGGAUAUCUCAAAACUUUAACAUCGGAUGAUAGCAGUAACUCUGUAACAUUUAACAAUAGCAAUAACUUUGCAGCAGUGAAAAAAGGGUGCCUAAAAUAGGGUGUUUCCACGCUAAAGAAGGGUGAUCUAGAAUCACAAUCUUUAAUAAAACGUAUCCUGCAUCUGCUACCUUAAUCCAGUUAAUGUCCGCUUUACAAAAUUACUAUAUGUAAGGUUUUAGCAGUAAAUGAUUUGAUUUAAACAGUAUUCUAUUAGUGCAUUGUAUUUUUUCAAAGAGAUUAUCAGAAAUUAUAGCGAAAAAUGCUCGGUACCAAUAUUUAAGUAUAUUUUCCGAUUCCGUAUUAUAUCUCCCAAAACUGUGCGACUUUCGUGAAGAUUUCUAUCGAAAAAGCAGCUUCCAAAUGAAUUGCCUUCCAACUAUCCUUUGUACCAAAGAUUAAAAGCAAUAUUAAUUUUGAUAAUGAUAUUAUGAUAUAUAAUGUUAGUAAUAUAAUAAAAAUAGUACGAAUCCAUAUACAGAAUUUUAUACUUUAACAUGUUAAUGCUGUUAUCAACGGUGGUCUUGAUUGAAUAAAAUGGAAAGGCAAAGGCAAAGUAAAACAAUAAACACAAAAUAGCAAUGAAUAUCUAGAAUUAAAAAUGGAGAUCUGAGCGAUUUACUCCAGUGGUAGAGGUGCCAUAAGCACCACGAAAGUCACCAACUGUACCAGUCAGGCUGAAUCUGAAACAUUUACCGAUUAAGAAAUUCCUCCAUGGUUUUCAUC